AUGGCAGUCUCCAAGAGCACCUCGUCUUUACCCAGCCAUUGUUUUAAUGGAGAUAUUAGACCAUCUCUUGUUCCGAGCAGAGCUACUCCUCAGAAGUGGACCAUUCUUGAAGAAACUUCUGACCUCUCUAAACCCCAUCAAACCAUUCUGAAUGGGCAGAGUUUAAAGGAUGAAUUUUCCAUGGAAUAUGAACAAAAACUGAAGGAUGUCAGGGAAUUACUGAAAUCAGAGGAAUUAGAAAAUCAAAUAGAAAGCUUAAUGUUGGUGGAUGCUAUCCAGCGACUAGGUGUUGACUACCAUUUUCAGGAAGAGAUUGAAGCAGUUCUUCGGCGACAUUAUAUGGAAGCCACCACUUCUUUUGAUGGAUACAGUCUUCAUGAUCUUUCACUUUUCUUCAGACUCUUGAGAGAACAUGGUUUUUUCAUUCCCGCAGCUCAGGAAUUUAAGCAGGCUAGGAACCAACCGUUAAAAUGGUAUACAUGGUCCAUGGCCUCCCUAAGUGAUCCAAGCAUGUCAGAGCAAAGGCUUGAGCUCACCAAAUCCAUCACGUUUAUUUACAUAAUAGAUGACAUUUUUGAUCUUUAUGGGACACCAGAAGAACUUACUGUCUUUACUCGAGCUGUACACAUGUGGGACUCUAAGGCCAUUCACAUGUUACCAAAAUCCUGGAAGAUGUGCUACAAGGCCCUUCUUGACACGACAAAUGAUAUAGGCUACAAGAUUUACAAAAAACAUGGAUAUAAUCCCAUUGAUUCCCUAAAAUCAACGUGGGCAAGUCUGUGUGAUGCAUUCCUAGUAGAAGCUAAAUGGUUUGCUUCAGGGCACUUGCCAACCUCCAAUGAGUACCUAGAAAAUGGGAAGGUGAGUUCAGGAGCACAUGUGGUGCUCAUCCACCUCUUCUAUCUUUUGGGAAUCAAUAAAAGAACAGGAGGGGCCGUUCAGUUGGAUGAUAUAUCAGAACUAAUAUCUUCUGUGGCCGCUAUUCUCCGUCUCUGGGAUGACUUUGGAAGUGCCAAGGAUGAGCAGCAAGAUGGAAAUGAUGGUUCGUACAUAGAGUGCUAUGUGAGAGAGAAUCCAGGAUUAGCCGUUGAGAUUGCUCGAAAGCGUGUUGUUGAUAUUAUAUCACGUGAAUGGAAAAAUCUUAACAAAGAGUGUUUGCGUUUAAAUCAAAACUCAUCAAAUUCAUCCUUCACAAAAGCUUCUCUUAAUCUUGCAAGAAUGGUUCCUCUAAUGUACAGUUACGAUGACAACCAACAACUCCCAGUACUUCAAGAGUUCAUCAAGUCCACACUCUUUGACGAUACUUUCUUGGUGCACCAUCCCAGUACUUAA